AUGUCCACCACUCUGCCGGUCCUGGCCCCCCGCCUCCCGGGCUGCCCGCCGGCGGUGGACGACAGGACCUACACCAAGGAGCACACCGAGGAGGAGUGGGAGGCCAUGCGCGAGGUCAUCAAGAGGUUGUACAUACGCGACAACCGCAAGCUCAACGAGACCAUGGCCAUCCUGCAGGCGAGGCACGGCUUUGCAGCGACAGAGCAAAUGUUCAAGAAGCGCUUAAAGAAGUGGAAUCUCAGGAAGCGCACAUAUCGCAAGAGCCCCUCGGGUUCCACAGCUUCCACUCCUGCGCAGAUUGCCGAGGCAUACUGUCAGAGUGCAGUAACAGCAGAGACGGAGACAGUUGACGACCAGACUGCGGCGUCUUCGUCUUCGCCCGAGGAGCAGUCUCCUGAAGAGGUCAAUGAUACCUCCAUGGCCCUCAUCCGGCCCUCUAACAAUGCAGGGCCCUACGCAAAUCUCGAGCAGGUUCUCGGCAGCGUCUUCUCGUGGAGUCAGUCCAAGCUGGACACAUACCCCGUUGCGUCGGAUCCCAUGUCGAGAUAUCUGGCGAAUCCAAAUCACCCCCCUAUCCAGGACAGCCGGACAAUGUACCGGACGUUUGAGCUUGUUUUCGAUCUGUGGUACCACGGAAAAGGGAACCUUGCAGGUUUGGCUGCACGGAGAGGCUUCUAUGUGCUUGAGUUUGUCCUCAGUGAGGACCACCCGGACCUUGUAUGGCACGUCCUGGACACCAUCUUUGACAUGCUCAACACCCACUCCUCCGGAUUCUACAACAACUACGGGCAUGUGAUUAUCAAUCAGAUCAAGGGAGGAGUUACUUAUGCCAUAUACUACUCCUCGGAUCCACAACGGCUCUGGCUCUACGAACAACUUAUCUGGGAUGGACGGACGCGGCUGCGCAAAGGGAGCGAGCUCGCCAAGAGGCAGGACGCCAUGUACCACGCCCUCGAAACAAUGGCCGAGGCACAAGACCACGGCCCCACGGUGGACGACUCUGACCGGUUACGAAUAGAGGCGCUAAGGCUCGAGUUUACGCAGAUGGACGUGGGCGACAAAAAGAAGGCCGAGGAGCUGGCGCUCAACCUCCUCAACCAUACGAGCUCCGACACGGGGAUGGGGUCCAGAUCAAGCGAUCGGUUCCACGCGUACGCGCGCAAGAUGCUCGCCCGGGUCCAGCAGGAUCGACAGGAGUGGGACACGGCUGAGCAGAAUCUGCAGUACGCCAUCUACAAGCGCGAGGCGGCCCACGGCACGCUCAACAACCUGCGCGUGAUCCGCGACAUGUGGGUGCUCGCCGCGCACUACCAAAAGGCCGGACGGCAGGGGGACGCGGAUGCCAUCACCUCGGAUGCCCUCUCGAGGGCGCAGCUAUACCUAGAGCAAGGAACUAGCUGA